CAGCCAAAUUAAGAAGACCCAUUCGCCCACUCGCUCAGGAGCAAAGUAAGCAAGCCAGAGGAAGACGAAGAACAACGAGAAGCUGCAUCUGCACAGACUCCAUUUAUGAUUUGGUCAUCUCUUCCUCUUCAAUUUUCACAACCAAAAUUUAAAUAAUUAAUUAAAUUAAAAAAUCUAUUUUCUCCAUUAAUAUUAUUUUUUUGCACAAAACAUUAUUAAAUAUUUUAAAUAUAUAGUAUUUUUUGGUUUCUCUUUUUCAGACCUUAGUUUUGCGAUAAUUGACCAAUCACCCUCUAAUUUUGGUUCUCUUUUCUUUAUACCUCCCUUCUCCUCCGUCUCUGUGCUCCCAUGAUUUCCUUUAUCAUUUAGCAUUUUCGUACUUUUUCUUUUUUGUCCUCGUUAGAUCUGAAAAAUUAUCAACCGCCCGCUCGCUCGCUCGCCAGUCCGACCAGAUCCACCGCCGGUUUAUUCAAAUCCAUGGAUGAUUUUCCUGGUCUCUUAGCACAGGACCUCGGUUUCAAACCCCAGGGUAAAUCUGCCCCUAUGGCUCCUUCCCGUAAUUCUAACACGAACACUUUCUCUUCUCUCAAUUUCGGCAUCGGAUCCACUGCUCCUGCUCACUCUCGAUCAUCCUCCGGUGCCAACAAAUCUGCUCCUGUUUUCGACGAUCAUGAUUAUGAUCGCGGCAAGAGUGAUGGUCUCUUGUUCAACGACGUCUUUGGUGGUCCUCCUAAGUAUGCGGAAUCUCGUGGCGGCGGUGAUGGUCGAAUUAACUCUUCGUCUUCUGCAUUUGGUUAUGAUUCCAUUUUCAAGGACCAGAAUGCUAAAUACUCUUCUUUGCCGGUUUAUGAUAAGCCUGUUUAUGAUGAUGAUAUUUUCGAUGGAUUGCCUGGCCUUAAAAGUUCGUCUGUGGGUCCUCAAUCUGCUAAGUUUGAUGAUGUGUUUUCUUCGAUCGGUCCUGCUUCUUCGACCAAGCUUAGGGCACAAAGCAACAGCUCGCCAUUUGAUGAUCUGUUGGGAAAUUUAGGUAAAAAGGAGACCGAGUCCAAGAGAGAGACCCCCAAAGUUGAUAAGGAUUCAGCUACUUUUGAUGAUUUGCUUCCUGGUUUUGGUCGCAGUAGCUCCCCUAGUAUUAGCAGGUCAACUUCAGAGUCUAGUCGCUCCCAGAAACCAUCUUCAGAUUCAUCCAGGACAGCCUCCAGUAUGAUGGAAGACCCUUUUGUAGUGUUAGAGUCAACUUCAACCCAUGCAACUUCGUCCUCGAGGUUGCAUGUAGACCCAUUGGAAGAAAUUGGUAAAUUCAGUAGUUCUGGCAACACAAAGGUUGAUAAUUCAUCGGUCAAUAUGGGGGUUUUUGAUGACAUGGACUCCUUUGAUAAUCUUGGAAAAUCUGUACCUCCAGUUUCACCUGGAGUCAACAGGAGAGGAAAAGAUAGGAGCCCUAUAAGAACUGGAUCAAGCAUGGGGGGCACUUAUUCAUCUGCUCAUGAAGAGCCAGUUGAUGAAAAUCCUGUGGAUGAAGCUGAAGGCCGUUCACAGAAGAAGAUCCCUAAGGAUGAUUUCCAGGAAUCACAUGAAACCUUGUUUGAUAUGCCUCGUGUUGGUCAAAAUGUAUCAUCUCCUUCAUAUGUGAAUGCCAGUUCCAAUGGGGUAAGUUCACCUCCAAGAUAUGAAGAUAUUGCAACAUCACCAGAUGAUGUGUGGCUUACUGUGUCUGAAGUUCCUCUUUUCACUCAACCAACAAGUGCUCCACCCCCUUCAAGACCACCACCUCCUAGACCACCUCGGUUUCCAAAGUCAGAGACAGGUUCUUUUUCAUCAAGAAACUCAAGAAAGAAGGUCAAUGAAUAUUCCACUUCAUACUCUGAGAGCCCAAGAUCAGCUUAUGCAGCAAGAAGCUCUGCGGCAUCUCAAAUAGAUGAACUUGAAGAUUUUGCAAUGGGUAGAACCCGAAGCAAUGUUAGUGAACAUGCUGAUGUUCUUUAUGGGGAGGAUGUGGAUGCAAAUGCAUCUUCUGCUGCAGCAUCUGCUGCUGCCAUGAAAGAGGCCAUGGAUAAAGCAGAGGCUAAAUUCAGGCAGAUGAGAGAGAGGGAGUAUCUAAAGGCUGCUAGAAGUAGAGAAACUGGUCAACUAGAUAAAGAAAUGCUAGAAGCUCAGCACAGAGAAUUAAAAGAAAGGCAAGAGAGGCAACAAAGGGAAAGGGAGGAGGAAGAGAGAGAACAAAGAAGACUUGAGAAAGAGAGGGAAAGAGAGGAGAAAGAAAGAGAACAGAGGAGGCUUGAGAGAGAAAGAGAGCGGGCAAGGGAGAUUGAGAGAGAGAGGGAAAAGGCAAGACAAGCAGUUGAAAGGGCUACUAGGGAGGCACGUGAAAGAGCAGCUGUUGAAGCACGCCUAAGAGCUGAAAGAGCUGCUGUAGAAAAAGUAUCUGCUGAAGCUCGAGAGAGAGCAGAAAGGGCUGCAGUUCAGAGAGCACAAGCUGAAGCCCGUGAAAGGGCUGCAGCAGAUGCAAGAGAAAGAGCAGAAAAAGCUGCUGCAGAAGCACGGGAAAGGGCAAAUGCAGAAGCAAGAGAGAGAGCUGCAGUUGCAAGGGCUGAAGCUGAUGCUAGACAGAGAGCUGAACGAGCUGCUGUUGAAAGAGCUGCAGCAGAGGCUCGAGAAAGGGCUGCAGCAGAAGCCCGAGAAAGAGCAGCAGCUGCAGCUAGAGCAAACCAACAAAAAACUGAUAACCAACAGAGGAAUGACAAUGACCUUGAAUCAUUCUUUAGUUCUCGAGCAAGCAGUGCACCAAGGCCUAGGGCUACCUCUUCGGAUCCUUUCUUUGAUACCCAGAGUAAGGGAGGGUCUGAAGCUGCCAAAAGGACAUCUGUUGGAGCUGUUUCAAGCAUGAAGAAAGCAUCUUCAGUUGCAAAUAUUGAUGAUGAUCUAUCUUCAAUUUUUGGAGCUCCUGCAACGUCUGGAGAGUUCCAACAGGUUGAAGGAGAAACUGAAGAGAGGCGAAGAGCUAGGUGGGAACGACAUCAAAGGACUCAGGAGCGUGCGGCAAAAGCACUAGCUGAAAAGAAUCAACGGGACCUUCAAGCUCAGAUGGAACAAGCUGAGAGACAUAGAAUUGCUGAAACACUUGAUGUUGAGAUCAAGCGUUGGGCUGCAGGGAAAGAGGGGAAUCUACGUGCUUUGCUAUCAACAUUGCAAUAUGUGCUAUGGCCUGAAUGCGGUUGGCAGCCUGUUUCCUUGACCGAUUUGAUUACUGCAGCUGCUGUUAAGAAAGUUUAUAGAAAGGCAACUUUAUGCAUCCAUCCUGAUAAAGUCCAACAAAAAGGUGCCAAUCUUCAACAAAAAUAUAUUGCUGAGAAGGUGUUUGACUUGCUUAAGGAAGCAUGGAACAAGUUCAAUUCUGAAGAGCUGUUUUGAAUGCCUGUGGUGAUAUUUUGUUCCAAACUGCUUGUUUCGGCCAUUACACUAUCCACUGGGAGUGGAAAUGCACAAUUGUUCGAGCAAGAUGAAUUCUAUCAUCUGAAGUUGGUGUUGCAGCGUAUCACUGAUAAGCGCCAAUAGGAGACUUUUCAUUUGUAGCUAUUGAGAAACCUGAAGGAUGAAGUAGUCUCCUGUAACUUCAGGUGGCUGUACAAUGAUGUUUCUCGAGCAUAUGGCACCUGGAAACUGGAAUUGCGUCCCCAUGUAGAGUAUCAUCCUGCAUACCCCAUUUGCAUUAGAUGAGGGGGGCUUUUUUGUGUUAAUUCUUUUUCUACAAUUAUACAUAUAUUUUUUUCUUUGUGGGUUUUUCCUUUUGGUGGUAGAGCAUGGCAUUUGAGUGGAUACAAAUAUGUUACGGAUAUCAAAAUGACCUUACUUGGCUUUGUAUGAUUGUUGGUCUGCUAAACUCUGAGCUGUAUGUUUCGUACUUCAAUAUAUUUUUUUCACUUGAUUUCU